CGUCAGCCUGCGGCGUCCGGGCUUACUUGCCCGGUGAUUUUAUUGCUGGGUGUGCAGCACCGGAGCUGCAACAACGGUGCUUUCAGUUUCUGUGGGUCUGCUCGGAGUGGAGGAGUGUGGGCACUGGCUACGCUUUCUCCUAUGAGGAAAUUCUCCCGUACUAUGAAUUACGUGAAACAAUUGGAACAGGAAAAUCUGCUGGUUGGUGAGGAACAUAAUUUGAAGCUGGUAGACUUUGGACUUCAUGUAAAACCAAAGGGUGGCCUUGAAUAUCUCCUGAACACGUGCUGUGGAAGCCCAGUUUAUGCAGCACCAGAGCUGAUUCGAGGCAAAGCAUUUGUUAGCUCAGAGAUUGCACAGAUCACUUCCUGUGUUGCAGUUUGUGGCUGUUGCCCCUUGUUCUGUCACUAGGCACCACUGAAAAGAGCCGGGCUCCGUCCUCUUGACAUUUGCCCUUAAGUAAACACCCUCAGUAACCCUCAAACCCCAGCAGCUGCUGGUGUACGGAAACCAGAGCGUGAUGCUGACCUAAACCACCAAGCGCCCUGAGCAUCACAGGCUGCAGCUGGGAGCAGACUGAGAUUCAUCUCACUGGUGAUCCUUCUCUGGCAUCCUGGCUUGUUCUGGGACAGCUCUAAGGGCCAGUCACAAA